AUGUUCUGGUUGACUGAGAAACCCUUAUAAAGUGCUUACAUUUGUCUGCGGAAUAUGCAUGAAUGUUUCUCACAAUCCAUUAUUGUCCAAACGCUGCUGACAAUGUUCCGCCCUCACCUUGCACUUACCUACUUCCAUGUUGUUCAUUUACAGCUUGCAAUGUUCUGUUCAUCAACUCUGUGGAUAUGGAGUCACUCACGGGGCCUCAGGCUAUUGCCAAGGCCAUAAGUCAGACCCUCACAACCAACCCCCUCCCUGACGCCACCACUGUCCACUUCAAGGUGUCCAUGCAGGGUAUUACACUUACCGACAGCCAAAGGAAAAUUUUCUUCCGGCGACAUUAUCCCCUUAACACAGUGACCUUCUGUGAUUUGGACCCCCAGGAUAGAAAAUGGGUAAAAGAAGGAGGUGGAUCAGUAAAGCUUUUUGGGUUUGUUGCAAGGAAACAAGGAAGCACAACGGACAAUGUUAGCCAUCUGUUUGCUGAGUUGGAACCAGAUCAGCCUGCCUCCGCCAUCGUCAGCUUUGUCUCCAAGAUGAUGAAGCGGUGAAACCCUGAAACUUCAUACGGCAGUGGCCGAGUUGCAGUCGUCCAUCAUCGUUGGUGUCUUUCUUUCAAUGACUCAACGUUGUCCUUGUUUUUUUUUUCUGUUUAUCACCUUCUCUCUUUUUUUCCUCUCCACCUCGCUGCUUGGUCUUUCUUGAGAGUCAUCUCUCUAACACCAGGGCUUUGGGCGUUGACGCAGAGUGGAGCUAGGGGAUGUGUUUUUGUGGAAAUGUGCAGGUGACAGAAGCGGCUGUUGGGGAGUUGAUUCAGGGGAACGUAAGAAAUUGUGGAUUUUUUUUUUUUUUUAUCAGUUUUGAUUGAUUUACCAAAGGUAUUGCAAUACAAGUGCAAGAAUGAUGUAGCUAGUAAGCCAUUAACAUUUUCUCUUUUGAAAAGAUGAAGUGAAACAA